AUGGCUAGCCUACGUAAAACACACCCCCUCCUAAAAAUUGCAAACGACGCACUAGUUGACCUCCCAGCCCCCUCCAACAUUUCAGUCUGAUGAAACUUUGGCUCACUACUCGGACUCUGUCUUGCUGCUCAAAUCCUCACAGGCCUUUUCUUAGCCAUACACUAUACAUCAGACAUCGCUACAGCCUUCUCAUCCGUCGCCCACAUUUGUCGAGACGUAAACUACGGCUGACUUAUCCGAAACAUACAUGCCAACGGAGCCUCCUUCUUCUUUAUCUGCAUUUACGCCCACAUUGGACGAGGACUUUACUACGGCUCCUACCUCUAUAAAGAAACCUGAAACAUUGGAGUCAUUCUCCUUCUCCUAGUAAUAAUGACAGCUUUUGUUGGCUACGUCCUCCCCUGAGGACAGAUAUCCUUCUGAGGAGCAACCGUCAUUACCAACCUCCUAUCCGCUAUUCCCUACAUCGGUAACACCUUAGUCCAAUGAAUCUGAGGAGGCUUUUCCGUAGAUAAUGCCACACUCACCCGUUUCUUUGCAUUCCACUUUUUAUUCCCCUUCAUCAUUGCAGCCGCUACUGUACUUCACCUCUUGUUCCUCCAUGAAACAGGCUCAAACAACCCCCUCGGACUUAACUCCGACGCAGACAAAAUCUCCUUCCAUCCAUACUUUUCCUACAAAGACCUACUAGGAUUCGCAGCCCUACUCAUUACAUUAACAUCCCUGGCACUAUUCUCACCCAACUUACUAGGAGACCCGGACAACUUCACCCCUGCCAACCCCCUUGUUACUCCCCCCCAUAUCAAACCCGAAUGAUAUUUCCUAUUUGCCUACGCUAUCCUCCGAUCAAUUCCAAAUAAACUAGGAGGAGUCCUAGCACUGCUAGCUUCAAUCUUAAUCUUGAUACUAGUACCACUUCUCCACACCUCUAAACAACGAGCCCUAACCUUCCGCCCCCUUAGCCAAUUCCUAUUCUGAACCCUGAUCGCCGACGUAAUAAUUCUUACCUGAAUUGGAGGCAUACCUGUAGAACACCCAUUUAUCAUCAUUGGUCAAAUCGCAUCUGCCCUGUACUUCUCACUCUUCUUAUUUUUAAUACCAGUAGCAGGAUGAGCAGAAAAUAAAAUUCUCGAAUGACGAU